CGUAUUCCGUCUGAAAAUUCGUGCGGCCCACGAAACAGAUCGGCACCUUCCUUCCCUCCCUCCCAUCUCUCUCUCUCUCUCUCUCCUCUACCAGGGCAGGCAGCAACAAGGCUGAAAGCAGCCAUUCGUUCAGCCGCACCGCCACUCUCUCUCUCUCUCUCUCUCUCUCUCUGCGUGGGGACUGAAGAGUUGAAUUUUCAAUCUCGGCCGCAUAUUUAAAAGGAGAGGAAGCUUACAAACAACAGAAAAUGCGGAGAUCAGUAAUUGGAGGUGCCAAACGCAGUAGUCUCUUCCUUCUCAAUCAAGCUCAUCGCUCUCUCCUCUCACCAAGUCCUCCUCCUCUGCACCACCAUCUUGGUUCUUCUCCUUCCUCCUCCGCCACCGCCCUCCUCCUCCUUCUCCGGCGCCUCUCCUCCUCCUCCGCUUCUUCUCCCCCUCCUCCCAACAUGUCGAACCCCGUUACCGUCCAAUCCAUAAACCCCAAGGUUUUGCAAUGCGAAUAUGCUGUUCGUGGAGAGAUUGUCAACCUUGCUCAGCGCCUGCAAGAAGAGUUAAAGGCUAACCCUGGUUCUCUUCCUUUUGAUGAGAUUCUCUAUUGCAACAUCGGAAACCCUCAGUCUCUUGGUCAGCUCCCCAUAACUUUCUUCCGAGAGGUUCUUGCGCUCUGUGACCAUCCUACGAUUUUGGACAAAGCUGAAACACAGGGCCUGUUCAGUGCUGACUCCAUAGAGCGAGCGUGGCAGAUUCUUGACCAAAUUCCCGGGAGAGCAACCGGUGCAUAUAGUCAUAGUCAGGGCAUCAAAGGAUUACGUGAUACGAUUGCUGCUGGUAUUGAAGCUCGUGAUGGCUUUCCUGCUAAUCCAAAUGAUAUAUUUCUCACAGAUGGUGCAAGUCCAGCUGUACACAUGAUGAUGCAAUUACUGAUAAGCUCCGAAAAAGAUGGAAUUCUGUGUCCCAUACCUCAGUACCCUUUGUACUCUGCAUCCAUUGCUCUCCAUGGUGGUAGUCUGAUUCCUUACUAUCUUGACGAAGAAACUGGCUGGGGCUUGGAAGUUUCUGAACUCAAGAAGCAAUUAGAGGAGGCUAGGUCAAAGGGGAUCAGUGUUAGGGCUCUGGUUGUUAUAAAUCCAGGCAACCCAACUGGACAGGUUCUUGCAGAGGAAAACCAGCGGGAUAUUGUGGAGUUCUGCAAGAAAGAGGGUCUUGUUCUUUUAGCAGAUGAGGUUUAUCAGGAAAAUAUCUAUGUUCCUGAGAAGAAAUUUCACUCGUUUAAGAAGGUUGCCCGAUCUAUGGGCUAUGGUGAUAAUGAUUUGUGUCUAGUAUCUUUCCAGUCUGUUUCGAAAGGGUACCAUGGUGAGUGUGGAAAGAGAGGAGGUUACAUGGAGAUCACAGGUUUUAGUCCUGAAGUCAGAGAGCAGAUAUACAAAGUGGCGUCUGUGAAUCUCUGCUCUAAUAUUUCUGGCCAAAUCCUUGCAAGUCUUGUCAUGAGCCCGCCCAAGGCACAUAUUCUCUCCUUUCCAUCUCUCUUUUUGUGACUGAUUCCUUACUGAAUGCCAGGAUGUAGACACAAAAGGCUCUAGUAUGGGAUCAUUAAUCUAUUGCGUAUAAUAAGAAGACUAGCGUCUUUUGCUUUUUACCUCUCAUAAUGCAAGUGGAAUGCUUUCAGGUUGGAGAUGAAUCUUAUGAAUCAUAUUCUGCCGAGAAAGACGGGAUUCUUGAAUCUCUGGCGAGGCGUGCCAAGACACUGGAAGAUGCAUUCAACAGUUUAGAGGGCAUAACAUGCAACAAAGCAGAGGGAGCAAUGUAUCUUUUCCCCCGGAUCAGGCUGCCUGAAAAGGCAAUCAAAGCUGCAGAAGCUGCAAAGACUGCCCCUGAUCUAUUUUAUUGCCGUCAUCUCCUAAAUGCUACUGGAGUGGUUGUGGUCCCUGGUUCCGGCUUUGGCCAGGUUCCUGGAACGUGGCACUUUAGGUGUACCAUUUUGCCGCAGGAGGACAAGAUUCCGGCCAUUGUCUCACGGCUGACAGACUUCCACAAGAGCUUCAUGGAUGAGUACCGUGAUUAGAAAGAGCGUUGUUGUACUAUCAUCAGGGCUUCAGUUGGAAGUAGCUAAUAAUAAAGAUUGUACUCGUUUCAUUUUUCUGCUGCAAGUUUUUUCAGAGUUGAGAGACUAAAUAAGUGGCACUUGCCUUCACUUGGAGGGUUUGAUUGAUCAAUAGAUACUAUUGCCUCCAGGUUAUGCAUUGCGGCCAAUGAUGGGUUUUAAAACGAAUGGGUAGCUUUGAGUUUGAUCUCUUUGUGCAUCUGCCGUUAAAAUGAAACACGAAUGAUGACCUUUCCGGCCAGCCCUACGGCUAACUGAUAAUGGC